UCAGCGGGUAACAAAAACGUCAAAACGCGUUUAUACCAGUUGAACAUUUCUCGCAUUUUUUGUUUACGUUUGCACCGCGAAUAUUCGUGCACCUGCACUCGCAAUUUGUUCUGUGUGCCAGCGGCGCUUUUUCGCCGGCAAGUGAGUUCCAAUUUGGGAGCCAAGAAGCCGCGUAAUUCGACGAGCCGGUGUACUCCAGUUAUUCCAGUUUACAAGCCAACGCCAGCACUUGCUCAUUAUCGGCGAACGUCGUUUGAUCUACGACUGAAUCUCCGAACCGAAAGUUCUUUUGUUCUGCUUGCUGGCCACCUGUCCCCGCUUCCCUCGCUUCCCGCACCCCACUCCGUAUUUCCCGUGCUUCUUCUUCGUUUUUGGCCACCUAGACACGUCAACAGAUUUGGAAACUUGGAAUCGGGAAUUGGAAAUUGGAAGCUGGGAAUCUGAAAUUGGAAUCGGGGAACUGGGAAUCGGGAGUUGCGAGAUGCGCGUGAGCAACAUCCGCAGCGGACGGAUCUGCCGGCUGGCACUGUGCCUCUUGGUGCUGCUCCCGCUGCUCUAUCUGCUGGCCAACUGGAGCGAUCACCACAAGCGCGUCCAGGAGGCAUACCACACGCGCUUCGGCGGCCCCAAGUUUGCCCACCAGCGACUGGAAGGACGUCCGCGGGAGGUGCCCAAACUGGUGGAAGGUCUGGGCAAUUUUGAGCCCAAAGAUGUGAAGCCACGUAGCGGACCCGGCGAGAACGGAGAGGGCCACAGCCUGUCGCCGGACAAGAAGCACAUGUCCGAUGCCUCCGAGAUGGAGUACGGCAUGAACAUCGCCUGCUCCGACGAGAUAUCCAUGCACCGAUCGGUGCGGGACACGCGGCUGGAGGAGUGCCGCCACUGGGACUACCCCUUCGACCUGCCACGCACCAGCGUCAUCAUUGUCUUCCACAACGAGGGCUUCUCGGUGCUCAUGCGCACCGUGCACUCGGUCAUCGACCGCUCGCCCGCGCACAUGCUGCACGAGAUCAUCCUCGUCGACGACUUCUCCGACAAGGAGAACCUGCGCACCCAGCUGGACGAGUAUGUGCUGCAGUUCAAGGGUCUGGUCAAGGUGAUCCGGAACAAGGAGCGCGAGGGUCUCAUUCGGACGCGAUCCAGGGGAGCCAUGGAGGCAACAGGUGAGGUGAUCGUCUUCCUGGACGCCCACUGUGAGGUGAACACCAACUGGCUGCCUCCGAUGCUGGCCCCCAUCUACCGGGAUCGCACCGUGAUGACAGUGCCGAUCAUCGAUGGCAUUGACCACAAGAACUUCGAGUAUCGACCGGUCUAUGGGACGGACAACCACUUCCGCGGCAUCUUCGAGUGGGGCAUGCUGUACAAGGAGAACGAGGUGCCGCGCCGCGAGCAACGCCGUCGUCCGCACAACUCGGAACCCUAUCGCAGUCCCACGCACGCCGGCGGUCUGUUUGCCAUCAACAGGGAGUACUUGGAGCUGGGCGCCUACGAUCCCGGCCUGCUCGUUUGGGGCGGCGAGAACUUCGAGCUGAGCUUCAAGAUCUGGCAGUGCGGCGGCAGCAUCGAGUGGGUGCCCUGCUCCCGCGUCGGCCACGUCUACCGCGGCUUCAUGCCCUACAACUUUGGCAAGUUGGCCAGCAAGAAGAAGGGUCCGCUGAUCACGAUCAACUACAAGCGGGUGAUCGAGACGUGGUUCGAUGACACGCACAAGGAGUACUUCUACACGCGCGAGCCAUUGGCCCGCUACCUGGACAUGGGUGACAUCAGCGAGCAGCUGGCCCUGAAGAAGCGUCUGAACUGCAAGAGCUUCCAGUGGUUCAUGGACCACAUCGCCUACGAUGUGUACGACAAGUUCCCGGGCCUGCCGGCCAAUCUCCACUGGGGUGAACUGCGCUCGGUGGCCUCCGAUGGCUGCCUGGACUCGAUGGGCCACCAGCCGCCGGCCAUUAUGGGCCUCACCUACUGCCACGGCGGCGGCAACAAUCAACUGGUCCGGCUCAAUGCCGCCGGACAGCUGGGCGUGGGCGAGCGUUGCGUGGAGGCCGAUCGGCAGGGCAUCAAGCUGGCCGUCUGCCGCCUGGGCACCGUCGAUGGUCCCUGGCAGUACAACGAGCACACCAAGCACCUCAUGCACCGCGUCCACAAGAAGUGCAUGGCCCUGCAUCCGGCCACCCAGCAAUUGUCGUUGGGUCACUGCGAUGUGAACGAUAGCUACCAGCAGUGGUGGUUCAAGGAGAUACGCCCGCGCUGGUAAGUCCAGUGUCGAGGUGGAUCAGGAGGAUGAGCAGCAGCAGCAGGAGCAGCAGCAGCAGGAGGAGGAUCAAUGGAUGGAUCACAAGGGUUUCAGCCGGGGCAAAACGGGGGGCGAUAUUUUAGACAAAAGCAAUUUAGUGAAAAUGAGAAAUGGAAUUGUUGUUGAAUGAAAUCAUACAUGAAAUCAUACAGAUAUAUACACGUGUAGGCAUUUAUGUAACGCACUGUACAUAUGCACUGCGGGCGCAUGGAACUUCCCUUGGUAAUCAGGAUCCAAUAUAUUUUUAAAGCUAAGGAUCUACGACUUUGUAAAACAAUUUCGUAAAGACUUAUUUUUUUUUUUUUUUGUUUAGAUUGUUGAUAUCGAAUCGUGAAAUAUUCUCAUAUUAUAUUACUAUAUUCGUAAGACACACUAGAAACGGGGACAAAAUAUUACCAGUUAGAACAAUUUCUAAUCUAAAUGUGUAUUCGAAUAAGGUUUUUUAUUGGCAUUUAUAAAAAUUGAUUUAAAAUCAUCCAGUUAGCGGAUUUGAAAUUUACAAGAAGGCACCUAGUGUAGAACAUAAAUCACCACAUUUUGAUUGGCAAAUCGUAUAAAAUAGUUACCAAACUGAUUUUUAGGAUCCAAACUUCGGGGGAUUUCCAUGUCCUUGCGUUCAGUGUCCUUGCGUAUGAGUGAGAGAGUGCGUUAGAGAUAGGGAUAGGACGGAAGCGAAAAAGAGAGAGAUGGCGCGAGAGCGGGAUGGGUGACAAGUCGAGUGCAAUAGAGGAUCUAUAUAGAUUUAUGGAACGACAUGGCCGCAGAUUGUUUUGCUUUAUGAUUGCCACAACACAAAUUUAGUUACUAACCCUAGUCUGUACUCCUUUAACUCCAACUAACCUUAGCUUAGUUUCGAUGCUGCCACAUUCCCAUCUAAAUCUAAUCUAUUAUAAUCCAAUCCAAUCCAAUCCAAUCAAAUCAAAUCAAACCCAAUCCAAACCGAACCGAACCGAUCGAGUCUGCAGCGAAGCUCGGCUCUUUAACCUAUAACGAUAUUAUUUUUGUUCUGUUUUUUCGUAAAGCUCUCUGUACCAGAUAGUCGUAAUCGUCAUUGAUCGUUGCAAGUGCUUCGGGAGUUCGAUUUUUGAAAACAAUAUUUUACAUUCAUGUGUAACUUUAGAGUUAUCGAUAAGUCUGAAUAAUAGAAUAUAAAUAAACAUGUUUUCUAAACACUUUACCUUGUAA